CAUUAGAUGGUGUAUGGACGGCGGAUUGCACGGGAGGCACGCGACGCACGGGCAGUGGUUGUGCGGCUCCGUUCCCCUCUCUCCCUCUACCCCGGGCUCGCCGGAGAUGGGGGACGCCGGCGCUUCCACCUUCAAUCCGCUCCUCCGGCGCGGCGCAAACACUUCCGGCCCCUGUGAUGGAAAGGAGGAUGCAAUGUCGGGACAAAUGCUUAAGCGAGGGGUAAAGGCGAUGCCCACAGAAGACCACAUAAGAGGGAAUCCAAAGAAGCAGCUAAAUUUAACCGAAGUGUUGGCUGAGGCAGUGAAGUGUGCUCAAGCUCUCAAGACUGAUGAAUUGAUUACUGACACUAGAUUUAAGGAAGCUUUUGCUAAGCUGAUAAAUGAAGUGUACCCACGUCUACCUGAGAGUCUACAGGAUCAACUGCUUGCUGAUUUCAAACUCAACAUCCUCCGUCGGGCGCAAGAGAAAAAUACUCGCCCGGUUGAGUUGAUGGAUGGCGAACAGAAGAACUUCCUCGGGAAGAAAGGAGUUCGUACCAAUACAUUGUGGAUUAUAGAAAAGCUAGUCCUGUUAGUUGGCGUAUGCUGCUUCAUCUACCUCAUGAGCUUCUAUGUCACUGGGUAUUGAAAAGAGAAAGGAAGAUGGGUUCAGAAGCAGGAAGAGACUAAUGGGACUAAGUGGCUUGGGAAACAACGUUGUUGCAAUGGCUUACUUUACCAUGGAUGUACAAAGGAAGCCCAAAGUUACUGUACUUUUAGAUUUGGGAUGUAGCUAGUGGUAUGUGGAUCCAGCUACAAGACCUGAGUUGUUUCAGUUUGGCGGUGCUAAUGAA